CGUUCCUUACAACGGGAACACCAACGUUUAAACGCUUGUACGGUUGAAAUUCGUAUGCAUUUGAUGCAUAUAACUAUUAAGUCUAUUUAGUCUACAAUGUAGACUCUACAUUAAUUCAUAGAAUAAAUACAAAUUAAUAAUAUUUAUUCUGUGAUUAAUGGGUUUUUGGAAUUUUAUCAUGAUAUCAUUACGGAAUGAAUAAAUUCAAUCUUUUCCGCGAUCCAAUCGUUGUUCCUUCAAUUAAGUAAUAAAAAUUACUUGUUCCUUCCUUCCACGGCUAACCGUGUUAUCGUCAUUCAUUGCUCGUGGUCGAUUCGAUGAUUGCGUUAUCGUUAUCCGUCCAGGUUAGGUUUUUAUUUAAAUAAAAACAUGUUUUGAACUUUUGAAUUAGGUUCGAUAAAAACAGUUCGUGUAAAUACGUCUACAAUUUUUGGCUUUGACUCCGUCAAAACGUUAUACCGAUGGUCGUUUAGCUAUGUCUGACGAUUCAGAUUCUGACCACAGUUUCGGUGACUGGGUAGAAAAUGGAUCUGAUUCGGUUAAGUGCCUAAUUUGUGAACAAUCAUUUAAUGAUGUACCAGAAGCAAUAGUUCACUGUAGUAAAGAUCACAGUUUUGAUUUUUCAGUUGCAAAACGUAAGUAUAAUAUGGAUUUUUAUUCAUACAUUAAAUGCAUCAACUACACAAGAACUCAAGUACAAGAAGAUGAAAAUUUUAAUCCUAGUACACUCUUUGAACUCGAUUCUCAACCAUGGAAUGAUGAUAAAUACUUGUCACCUGUUAUAAAAGAUGAUCCUUGGCUAAUGAUUGAUAUUGAUGAUGUAAUUGAAGAAGAUAAGAGUUCAGAAUCUGGUUAUACUGUCAAUUUUGAAAACAACCAAUUUACAUUGUCCUCUGAACAUUUUAGUCAUAUACAAAAUAAAAUACAAACCGUUACAAAACAACUGGAACUAAAAGAAAAAGAACUUGCUGAUGCCCACAGUCAAAUUGAUCAAAUGAAAGAUACACUGACCAAAAUUUUGUCUGCUCGACCUGAAGAUUCUAUUAACACAGCUUCUACCAUCAAUUUAGAAGACGAUCAAGGUUAUUUUGGUUCAUAUUCAUCUGUUGACAUCCAUUAUGAAAUGCUUAAAGAUAAAGUACGAACUGAAAGCUAUAGUUCAGCUAUAUUAUUGAAUGCAUCAUCAUUUAAUGGUAAAACCGUGUUAGAUUUGGGUACUGGUAGUGGAAUACUAUCCAUGUUUAUGGCAAAAGCUCAAGCAGUGAAAGUUUUGGCAGUUGAUGAAGCUGAUAUAUUAUACAAUGCUAUGGACAAUUUUAGAGAAAAUGGAUAUGAUGAUAUCAUUGUACCAAUCAAAGGAAGAAUAGAGGAUGUAACUUUACCCGUAGAAAAAGUUGAUGCAAUUGUUUCGGAAUGGAUGGGAUACUUUUUGUUAUUUGAAUCCAUGUUAGAUAGUUUGAUAUUUGCUCGGGACAAGUAUUUGAACAAAAAUGGUAUCAUGUUACCCAAUGAAUGUAACUUAUUUAUCAGUGGUAUAAGUGAUACAGAUAGAUAUAAUGAAAUAUUAGGUUUUUGGUCAGAUGUAUAUGGUUUUCGUAUGCCGUCCUUAAGAACAGAAACAUUAAAUAAAGCACAAGUUGAAAUUGUACCUAUUGAGCAUAUUAUAACUGAGGAAUAUAAACUUUGUUCCUUUGACAUGUAUACAUGUGAUACUAAUUCUACAAACUUUAAAGUGAAAUUCAAACUAAAUGUAAACAAGACAUGCUCAAUGACUGGUAUUGUUGGGUAUUUUGAUUCAGUAUUUGAUAAUGAAAAUCCCGUGACAUUAUCAACAGCUCCAUAUUCGCCACCCACUCAUUGGAAACAAACCGUAUUUCUUCUACCUGAUCCAAUUUCUGUGAAUAAAGGUGAUAUGCUUGUUGGUGAUUUUCAAUGUGUCCGAAAUAUAAAACAAGUGAGAUCUUUGAUUGUAACAAUUACCAUAAACAAUAAAAUAUAUACUUAUAAUGUAUCUUAA